UUUGCUGAAUUUGGAUUCUCAAUUCCGUACAAAACAAUCAUGCUCUUUAUUCCAGUUGGUGCAGCAGCUGGUUUUACUGCUAGUCUGUUUAUUUCCAAAAACUUGAAGAAGAAGAAUCAGUUUAUUAUGGCUUCUUGUAUCAUGAUAGUUUCAGCAGGCUUGAUAUCAUUAUCCUACUAUUUAAAGAAUGUAUCUGAAGAAAUAACACAGUACAAACUGUUUGCUCAGAUCCUUUUUUCUGUUGGUAUGUUUGGAAUGACUUCAGGAUAUGGUGCUGGUUAUGGCAGUGUUAUCUAUACCCUACCAGGAGAGUUACUAGCUCCUGAGGAUAAGAGUAUGGGAGGAGCAGCGGCUGAAUCAUCUCGCAUGAUUGUUGAAGCAAUGGUAUCAAAGGCUUAUCCCUACAUUCUUGAUGUUUUUGGGUUCUCAGUUGUGUUCUUAGGCCAUGCAGUUGCAAUCUUCCUAUCUGCUAUUUUUGUGUUCAAGGUUCUACCAGAAACAGAUGACAAAAGCAUAACAGAAAUUCAAGCACUAAUAAACAAGACAGACAAAGAAGCAGAAGUUGGACUAUUAAAGCCUUAUCCAUAUUUUGAAAAAGAUGAUGAUGGUCAGUUCUGAACACGACUGAAAUGCAAUGAAUCAAUAACUUUUACAAUUAACUAUCCAAACUUUAAAAAGGUGAUUUUGUAUUAAAUCUAUGCAUAUAUUGUUCUUUCUCUGUAUCAAAUAAACA